UUAAUCUCACCCCUUUCAUCUUUAUUCAAUUAUUCAUUUUUUUAAUUAUUCUUCAUCUUCAUUCUUUUUUCUAUUCUUUCUUCUUCACUAUUCUUUUUUCACAAUCCAAAGGGUUUUUCAGAGCUUCUUCACUCUCUAAUGGCGGACGAAUUUUGCAGAGCCGUUGACGACGGUAUAAAGCUCUCCAGACGUACAUACUUCGGCAAAGACAGAGCGGUGGCACCGCCGAGGCCUCCGACGUUAAUGGAAAGGUCAUCAAACGCGCUUCUUCCUAAAGCACCGAUGGUUUACGCGGUGAUUUACGAUCCAGGGAUGGUUGAUAACCCUGACGUCGCUAGCUACCAACCUUACGUGUACGGACGGUGCGAUCCUCCGGCACUUAUUCCGCUUCAGAUGAACGCGAUUGAGAUGGAAAUUGACUGUUAUCUUGAUACUGCCUUUAUCACUGUCUCCGGUACUUGGAGACUCCACUGCGUUACCGGUAGUCGCUCUUGCGAUUGCCGUCUUGCCAUUCCCGUCGGCCACCAGGGUUCAAUUCUAGGUGUUGAGGUGAAUGCUCCUAGAAAAUCCUAUUCAACUCAAGUGGUAGUUAUGGAUGAGAACCAAAGUGCUACACCAGCUCAAAAUGGAGGAUAUCUUAAAUCAAAUAUAUUUACUUUAACUAUACCAGAGAUUGAUGGGGGUUCGAAUUUAUCAAUUAAAAUGCAUUGGUCUCAGAAAGUAGAAUGCUCCAAUGGUGAGUACUCUUUGAAUGUGCCAUUCAGUUUUCCAGAUUAUGUCAAUCCUACUGGGAAGAGAAUGGCGAAGAUAGAAAAGAUACGCCUGAAUGUGGAUGUUGUUGCUGGGAGUGAGCUUCUGUUCAAGACAACUAGCCAUCCCCUACAGGAAGUGAGGCGUCAUGCCGGGAGUAUGGGUUUCUUAUGUGAUAACCAAGUUCUCUCAUGGUCCAAAGAUGAUUUUAGCUUUUCAUAUGCAGUCUCCUCAAGUCAUAUAAACGGAGGUGUUCUCUUGGAAUCUGCAUCUGCACAUGAUUUUGAUCAAAGAGAGAUGUUCUACAUAUAUCUUUCUCCUGGAGAUAUUCGAAAUAAAAAUAAGAAGGUAUUCAAAAAGGACAUAAUAUUCAUCAUCGACAUCAGUGGAAGCAUGCAGGGAAAGCUGAUGGAGGACACAAAAAAUGCACUACUGUCUGCUCUCUCUAAGCUUAAUCCUGAUGAUCUGUUUACGAUUAUAGCUUUUAAUGAAGAGAGUCAUCUAUUUUCGAAAUCGCUGGAAUUGGCUUCCAAUGAUGCUGUAGAAAGGGCCAGUGAGUGGAUCAACACAAACUUUGUUGCUGGGGGCGGUACAGAUAUUUCACAUCCCUUAAAUAUGGCAAUAGAAAUGCUGUCCAGUGCUCAAAGUUCAGUUCCAAUAAUUUUCCUAGUUACUGAUGGAACUGUUGAAGAUGAGAGACAAAUUUGUGCUAAGGUAAAAAAUCAUAUGAUCAAGGGAGAGUCAAUAUGCCCUCGAAUAUACACUUUUGGUAUAGGUUCAUUCUGCAAUCAUUAUUUCUUGCGGAUGCUUGCUAAUAUUGGUAGGGGCCAAUAUGAUGCUGCACUGGAUGUAGAUUUGAUUGAGUCUCGAAUGCUGACGUUGUUUGAAAAAGCUUCAUCUCUCAUUCUUGCAAAUAUCAAAAUGGACAUGUUGGAUGAAAUCGAUCAAGUUGAGGUAUAUCCGUCCAGUAUCCCGGAUCUUUCGCUAGAGGGUCCUUUGGUUUUAUCAGGCAGAUACAAGGGAAAUUUUCCUGAAACUCUUAAAGUCAAUGGUAUCUUGGCUGAUUUUAGUAAUUUUGAAAUAGAUUUGAAGAUACAGAGGGAUAAGGGCCUACCCGUACAAAAGAUUUCUGCCAGAGAUCAAAUAGAGCAUUUUACUGCUCAAGCAUGGCUUUCAGAUAAUAAACAAUUAGAACAAAAGGUUGCAAAACUGAGCCUGCAGACUGGCUUCAUGUCUGAGUAUACAAGUAUGAUAAUGCUUGAGAAUGAUCUUCUAAAGAAAACCAAGGAAUCACCUGGAGCGAAAGAAGAGCCAAAAAAGAAACAUUCCAAGGCAAAUGUCCAAGGCCAGAAAGGCCAGAAAACGAUUAUACUCCCGCACUUAGGUAUUGGCUUUGGCAACUUAACUGCAACAGCUCAAAAUACUCCUCCAGGAUUUGAACCGAAGCCUGAAAUGCCUGAAAUCUUUAAAGCAGCCUCAAAUUGCUGUGAGACCGUGUGCAGUUACUGCUGUUGCAUGUGCUGCAUCCAGUGCUUUUCCAAGAUGAACAACCAAUGUUUAACUGUAUUGAACCAACUUUGCAUUGGUCUCGGAUGCCUCGCCUGCUUUGAAUGUUGUUCACUAUGUUGUGGUGGAGACGACAAUUGAAAUUUACUCUUUUUCCAGAUUAUUGUAUUUUAUUGCAUAGAAAUAUCUAUUUAUAUAGUUCUUUUGGAGAUGUAUAUGAGUAAGUCUUCUGUUAUAAUUUAGCAGUUGCUUCUGUAGUGUUGUUGUAUAGCUUUUUAAAGAUAGCCGUGCAGGUUUUAAACUUUGCCAUAGAAAGUAAACUAUACCGAGAAAAAAGAAGAAUUUAUAUACUGAGAAAGAAGAAUUUGUACAAUAA